AUGUCCACGGCCCGCGACGACGAAACAAGAUGGUUCCCCAUCGGACAGACGGUGGAAACGCCUUCGCGCGCUGCUCGACGGACCGGCCACACCGUGAAGGAUAGUGGUGACGACGACGACGAUGAUGGGGCCACCUUUGCUUUCGCCGACGCGGACAUGGGCAAACUGAACCGCUAUCUCCAUGGUGGAAGAGUGUUACCACGCGACAAAGACAGUUUCUGCCAGAAGGUCGGCAUCUUGGACCAGAGCAAGAUCACCGACCACAUCUGGACCCAGAUCAAUAGUCUGAUCGGGACUUACAAGGAGGCAAGUCGAAUCUUCACGGACUGCACCGAGUUCCUCGGUAGUGACAGCAGCGCCGAAAAGCCCCGACAGUGGAUGAAAGAGGAUGAUGGCGAUGACAGCGCCUUCGAUGCCCUCUGUACUUUCGAUAAGAUGAACACCCUUGCGUCGCAGAUUUACGGCUAUGCGGACACCGCUGGGGCGGAUGACAGCUCUUAUUAUCGCUUCAUGUUCCAGCAGUGCGAGAAGUACAAUGAUCCAGACGCAACCUCCGAGGACAAAAAGAAGGCCCAGAAAGCCAUUGAGGAUGUCACGGAGGAUUUGCUGAGUGAUAUCGCACCCAUGCAGCUCCACGCUAAGAAGGUCUCGGAUGCCCUGGAUUUGUUUGAAAAAGCCUGUGAGCAGAGAGAGAAUGCGCUCGUGGACUCGGAGACGAGCAUGACCACCAUUCUCAACGUGGAUCUGGGAGAUAUCGACGACUUGCGGGAAAAGAUUGACUCGCAGCUGGCGGAUAUUGCGGCCGACCAGAAAAUCAUCGAUGCGGAUCGCUAUGAUCAAGAAAUGACCGCGGCAUACGUUUGGAUCCCUAUCAUCGGGACAAUCGCUGGCCCCAUCGUAUUUGCGGAAAGGCAGGCGGAUGUUGAGAAAUACGAGAAGAAGAUUGCGGACCUGAAGGCGUCGAUCAGCUCCGAGCAGGACAAGAUUGCCCUGCAUCAGCAACUCCAAGGCCAUGUCACUGCGAUGUCGGACCUGAAAGCACUCAUCGGUCCGGCUAAAGAGACGGCCGAGAAGCUUGAAGGUGGCUGGAACUUGAUAGGAGAUGAGAUCCAAUUGGUCCACGAUACCGCGAAGAGGCUUGAAGACAAGAUCCCCGGCGUGGACUUUGCUGAGUACCAGCUCCAAUCUAUUGUUGGGGAGUGGAAAAAGCUCUAUAAGGGUGUCAGGGAGUAUAUCCAAACGGCCCCAGUUGUACCGACGACUGAUGUCAUGUCAAUUGAUGACUACCAUGAUCAGAUUAAGGACUUGAUCAAUUGAGCCUGCGCAUGAAC